AUUAGUAAUCCUUAAAUAAUAAAUGAACAUCGAAAGUAACCGAGAGAUGGGCUGUCCCAACGAGAUGGUCAAACUAAUUAGACACAAGCUUAUUAAAAACUGUUUCAAAAUCUACAGAAGCCGGCUUAUUCCAGAAAUUGUUGAAGAAGCUGUAAAUAACAUAGAUUUUGAUGAUGAAGCAGAAAUUCCUGAAGAAGAUCAUGUAAACCUUGUACUUACUGAGAGCUGAAAAAGUAGCCGACUGAUCAAUGACAAAGGGAAAAUAAAGCAAGGAGAUAUAAUCUCUAUGAGAGGGAACUCGAUGCAAUUAUGUGCUCCUUUUUAAGAAAAUAAAUAAAUAAUCGAUCUUAUCUUAAUAAGAGAAUAUUAUGAAAAUUUGAUACCUAAUCGAACUUUAUUUCUUUGCUCAAUAUCUUUCUUUGAACCAUCAGAAGCUCUUCCCAAGUAGAGAGAUAUCUCACAAUGUACCUCAAAGGCAGCUUUGACUCUAAACCUAUCAGUGUUUAUCGAGAAGGGAUCCCUCAUAAUAUUAAUUUUUCAUAAAAAUAAUCACCUG